UGUAGUUAGUCCUUGGAUAAUGAUAUCUCAUUGCUCGUGUAGUGGGACAGGAGGUUGUGACGUCAUAGGCUGGUCUGACCGCAAAGUUGUAUAUCCAACUUAGUUCGAAGCACUUAAGCGUCGGUCUUGCUUUUAUCCCAACAGAAGUGAUGAUGGAGAUGCGACGUUUUGAUAACGCACUCGAUGCGGAGGGAGCAGCAAUUAGGGGUGCCGUUGAGGGCACCGUCAUGGGCGCAGCGGUAACCCUCCCAAGUUUCUACAUCUUGAACCGCCAAUGGCCGUACUUUCGUUCGCUGCCAUUGCAACUCAAGACACUGGCUGCCAUCAUUAUAAUUCUUCCAACGACUGCGAUCAGAGCAGAACAUCGUAUGAUUGAUUACGAGCGUUCGCACUGGGACAGUAAAGAUAAGUACGCUGUCGAGCGCCGUGCGCAUGAGGAGCGCCUCCGGUGGGACUCUCUCAGUGUGAAAGACAAGUUCGCAGACUGGACAGCUCGACACCAGUUGAGCUACGUCGUUGGAAGCUGGGCCCUUGCUAUGGCAGUUUCAGGGGCGAUCAUCAUGCGUGACCCGCAUCUUCCCGUUCGACACAAGGUGGUUCAGGCGCGCGUGUGGGCCCAGGGGCUAACUUUAGGAGUUAUUAUUGCCACCGGUGCAUUAACCCACUCUCAGCAUGCUAAAGCGGCGCAGAUGCGCAAGCGCGGCGAUCAUUCCUGGGAAGACGUGUUGGAUGAUCAGCAGCGCAAAGUCAGAGCUGUGAUAUGAAGACCAAGCCAAACCUGAGACUUGGUUUCGGAUCAAGUCUCACCGGAUCCCUAUCAUGGCUUAGCGUGUUGUAGUGUACUGUAAUGUAUCGUGGUAUCAGCUGUAGAAUGUGGCAGGAUAAAUGUAUUUCGUGUACAGUGCAACGAU